AUGCGAGGCAGUUUCCACGACGCAGCGCCUGUGAACCUCGGCGCUUCAGGCGGCCCGGGGGUUAUGGCAGGAAUGGGAGCGUUGCUGCAAGGAAGCUCCAUGGAGACGGACUAUUCGCGUCCGAGUAUGCUGGAGGACCACGAGAUUGUCCGAGGAGCGGACAAGUCGUCGGAUCCCAAGGAUAUUGUGAUCAAGCAGCUACUGGAAGAGAACAGGUCGCUGAGAGAGCAAUUGACGAUGAAAGACCAAGUGAUUCACGAGCUGGAGACCAAUGGAGGACGAUCACUGGAGGCCCCAGCCGUUGGAGCGGGAAAAUUGAGAUCCACGGCGCCGCAGAUGAUUCUGGAUCUGCGAGAUGUCAAGAAGAAACAAUUCCAGCUUUUCGAUGCGGCAGAAGUGGGCAACUGGCACUUGAUUGCCACGUUGCUGCGGGAUAACGUGGUGGAUGUGAACGGCGUGGGCAUCAACCAGACGUCGGCGCUGCACUUGGCUGCACGCAACAACCACCCGAAUGCAGUGAAGGAGCUUCUGGCGCGUGGAGCGGACCCGUCUGCACGUACGGGCGACAGUUACACGGCGCUGCACAUUGCAGUUCAAGCGGGCAACGUUGAAUGCGUGAAGGAACUUCUAGAUGCAGGAGCGGACCCGAACGUCACGGACUACCAGGGUAACGCUGCCAUCCACAUGGCCGCUGAGUCAGGCGAUAUCCCCACGGCGAAGCUCUUGGUGGCUCGUGGCGCUCGUAUUGAUGCACCGAACGCGAGUGGCAGUCUCCCUGUGCACUUGUCGCCGAUUGGCCACCCGAUUCGUGUGCUUCUGGGCAGUGGUUCGAACUUGGCAGCGACCAACCCGUCUCAACCACCGAAGCCGCGCAACGAGAUGGCUGCGCGUGAAGGUAACGCAACACAGGUCAGCCACUUGGCAUUCAAGAACAAGUACCAGAAGGAUCUGGCGCUAGGUCCGCGAGAUUUCGAGUUUGUCAAGGUGCUUGGUCGCGGUGCAUUCGCCAAGGUGUAUCUGGUGCGUGGUAAGGGCUCGAACCGCGACAAGUGGUACGCGCUGAAGGCGUACAACAAGCAGGCUAUCGUGCAGAAGAACCAGGCCCAGUACAUCCACACAGAGAAGGCAGCACUGCAGGCGUGCUCGGACCACCCCUACAUUGUGACGCUGUACUACGCGUUCCAGUCGCAAGACCGUCUGUUCCUGGUCAUGGAGUACUGCGGCGGCGGUGACUUGCUCUCGGCGCUUACUCGACGGAAGGCCUUCACGGAAAGCGAGGCGGCCUUUUACAUUGGCGAGAUCGCGCUGGCGCUGUCGCAUCUGCACUCGAAGAACAUCGUGUUCCGUGAUCUCAAGCCCGAAAAUGUUGUGAUGGACUUGGACGGCCACUGUCUACUGACGGACUUUGGUAUCUCGAAGGAAGGCAUCAAGGACCACACGUCGGCCAACACGUUCUGUGGCUCUCCCAUGUAUUUGGCACCGGAAAUGCUGUCCCGUUCUGGACACGGUUUCGCGUUGGAUUGGUACUCGGUGGGCGCUCUACUGUUUGAGCUGCUUACUGGUCUGCCGCCAUUCUACACGAACGAUAAGAAGCAGCUGUUCCACAACAUUCUCCGUGGCCACUUGGUGAUCCCAGAGUACCUAUCGUCCAACGCCCGCGACCUUAUUCAGAGAUUAUUGCACCGUGACCCGAAGCAGCGACUGGGAUCUGGCCCCACGGGCGACCGCGAGAUCUUUGACCACCCGUUCUUUGCUGGGGUUAACUGGGAGAAACUCAAGGCGCGUGAACUGCCGCCUCCGUUCCAGCCCAAGAUUAAGAAGGACCCAUCUGGUGUGCCCGAUACGUCCAACUUCCCGCAGGCUUUCACGGACCAGGAGAUCUCAGAGAUGGAGCGGGGCUUUGACCUUAUGGACCCCAACGCUGCCCAGGUGCAGCGCCCCAACCCGAAUGGACACAAGGACGACAAGCGUCUGUUUAAGGACUUCGACUUCACACCGGAGCUUCAACUGGACAACGAGGCGAAGCAGUUCGAGCAGCUUGCACUUCAACAGAACAGUUUUAAGAACCUGCCGCCGCCAGCUCUGCUCGAGACAGAUGAGUACAGCAUCUAG